CGUAUGGUGAUGUUCAACGAUGCUGAAAUUGAAGCCAUUGAUAUAUUUCCCAUCCGCUAGGCCACAUACUGUGGUCACAGAAGCUUCAACUGUUCCUCUCCAACUCGCCGGAUCUCCGGUUGCCGACAAAAAUUCCGGGUUCUUUCCGGUGAAUUCACGCAAAGAAUCUCCUCAUAAAAUAUUUCCCAAUUGCCGUCGCUUAAUCCACCGUUCUCGUUCUGUAUCAAUGGAAUCUGCCGGUGUUAAUACGACGACGUCGCCGUCCGUCGUGAAGCUGAAAGUUAUAGAAGCAACGCCAGAGAGUUUUAAAGAGUUUGGUCAAGUAAUUGAGGCGUCCCUUGAUGGAGAAGAAUUUGGACCUCGUGAUGCUCAGCUUGACUUGAGCCGUGGCAUUCCCAGGUUUUACAUUAUGCAGCUUAAAGAUAGGUCGCUUGGGUUUUCUAAUAUAACACAUCAUGCGAACGUGACACAAUGUCUUGGAUCUAUUGGAGGCAAUGUUUGGUAUCUUGGAGUUGCUAAGCCAUCUAUUGUGGAUCCAGCUGAUAUCAAGGGCGCCAGGGGUGCUGAUAUUGUGCAGUCACGUUGUGGGCACUUUUAUGUGCCUCCUGCUGUUGAUGAAGUGCAGGCUUUCAGAAUUUCAGGUCCAAAGUUUAUAAAGCUGAAUCAUGGUACAUGGCAUGCUGGGCCACUAUUUACAGAUGAUAAAAUGAACUUUUACAAUCUGGAGCUGAACAAUACUAAUGUGGUUGAUCACACAACACAUGAUUUCAUCAAGAAAAAUGGGGUGGUUUUCCUACUGGAUGAUUAGGAAAAUUGCUAGCAUUUCAAGCUUCGAUGAGCAAUAGGCUGGGGGGAUAGUCAUGCAGUUUAGAGAACUACCAAUGUAUCCCUUACAUACGUAACAUAAGUAAGGCCUGACUAGCACUGCUUUCUGGCUUUUGCUUGUGCUGUUAACAACUGUAGAUAGCAGCACCGUUUACUCUACACUUGGCAACAAAACUAUGCUCUUGUAAUUGCUUUGUAUUUGUAAAUGCAGCUCAAGACAAAAUCUUAAUUUAGUUUCUCUAUUUAUCUUUCA